GGAUGCCAGACUUGACAAAUUUUAAAACGUGGGUGCAGCUUAUAAGUUUGAGAACCACUGGUGUGGAGGGAUGUAAAAAAUGGCAUUUUUCGAGUGCCUGUCUAUUUCAGCAUUGCUCUCUUCUGAAUGCAUUUAAUUCCAAUAUUCUUUAAACUUAAGUUUUGGUUGGUCGGGCUGGUAAAAUUUUUCCCGUUUUCUUAAAUUCUCAAUUUUUGUCUAAACUAAUUGGACACUCAAUUAUUCAUAUUGUUGUCGUUUCGUUUUGAAAAUUCCUGUGGUUUAUUAAUGACAGUAGUGCCUUCUGAAAGUUCAUAAAUGUUAUUUCUUACCGUACUGCAUACUUAUCGUAGUACAUGUUUGGGAAAAGCUGGUCCAACCUAAUUUUAUACACCCAAUAAUUCAUUUUGUUGACGUUCCAUUUUCAUCUACUCAAUCCUAUCGCUUUGAAAUUUUCUGUUGUUAAAAAUGGUAGUACCUCUUAGAAGUUCAUUAAUGUUAUUUCUUUCCCAAAUUUUGUGAUACCGAGGAUCAUACAAUGAUUUGUGUCCAUAUAUUUGAGCACUGCUUUCACUUCUGUAAAUCUUUAAUUUUAAUUCUAUCAUAACAUUCAAAACCGAGGAUGGUCAGAACCGAAUAAUCCCAAAUACAUUUUAAAACAGACAAACCACGGGCUAAAUCCAGCCCGCUUGUUAAUUCAAUCUGGUCCGACUGAUGCUGCCACAGGCAAACUAAAACCAAAUUUUGAUGUUUUAGUUAAAAAUAGCUUAAGGAAUUUGUUGAGAUUGCGAUUAAAUUUAGUUUUGGCACGAGGCUCAAUGUUUUCCACCUUUGCUUUGUAACACUGUAAACAUUGUUCAUAAAAUGUCACUUUUUACGUCACACUUGGCCCGCCAGACUAGGUGGGCAAAAUUUUUGGUCCCUUAAUUUAAAUACCGUGCCCACUCCUGUUCUAAAAUAAUCUUUUCGAAUAUGAAAUAUUGAAUAUAUUCUGAAAUGAGUCUUUUCCACAAGAGAAAUUCUUCAAGACAAUUUUAAAUUCAUAGAAUUUGGUCAGGCAGAAUAAUUGAGAUAAACAUUAUUCAAUUGGUAUUCUCUUUUAUUCUGUCAGAAGUUAACUAAGUUAACUUUUUGUCUAUCAUAAAAUGAUAAUUGCUUGGAAAGACAUUUUCAAAUAACAAAUUGACUAAAUGAAUAUAACCAUUUUUGAAUGUAUUCGAAUAUUAGAUUCGUUUAGGCCACCCCUGUUCAGAAACAGUAGUGAAUGUUUCCAUACUUGAAAAGAGUGCAGUCUCCUAAGAGGCUAAUAAUGAAUUUAUACCUUGCUCUAUUCUCUAGCGAUCCUCUUAAAUUUGCGAAUUUUGAACUGCACCAUUAUGUGACAAUUUCAACUUGAUAUCCAUGUAUAUUUAAGCGUUUUGUCUCUUUUUUGGAACACCAUCAUUUCAAUUUUUGAUCAAAUUCAAUUCAUUAGACAUUUAGAAUAACGAAAUAUUUCUUCUUUUUUUCGAGUUCUACAUAUGAAAUGUUACGCAGGACACACCAUAGAUUUUUUAGAAAAAAACUUUUACAUAGAAUUACUGCUCAAAGAAGAGAUUUCAGUGAAGAUGUGAAAGAAUCUCCAAAAGUGGUGUUUUCCGGGAUCCAACCAACGGGGAUUCCCCAUCUGGGAAACUACCUUGGAGCUAUAAAACAAUGGGUGGAUUUACAAAAAGAAGAAAAUGAAAUUUACUUUUCCAUUGUUGAUUUACACGCCCUGACAAUCCCACACGAAGAAAAAAUCUGCGAGAAAGUUUUGAGCAUGGUAGCGACAUUACUAGCAUGCGGGAUUGACCCGAAAAGGAGCAUUGUUUUCAAACAAUCAGAAAUCAAAGAACAUGUUACGUUGUCAUGGUUAUUGAGUUGCAUUGUGCAACAAAACACUUUGAAAAAUAUGAUCCAAUGGAAAGAGAAAUCGAAAUCUACGCGGAAUGCCGCGAAUUUGGGACUUUUCACGUACCCCGUAUUGCAGUGUGCUGAUAUACUAUUAUAUAAAGCUACUCAUGUCCCUGUGGGUAACGACCAAACCCAACAUUUAGAAUUGUGCCGCGAUAUUGCUCGAAAAUUUAAUAACCGAUUUGGAACAUUUUUUCCCGAACCUGUGACACUAAUAGAUGAAAAUUGCACGAAAAUUUUAUCAUUACGAGAUCCGUUUUCUAAAAUGAGUAAAAGUCAAGGUCAUGAACUCAGUCGGAUUAACCUUGACGAUUCCGAUGACCAAAUAUGGAAUAAAAUUAAAAAAGCAGUCACUGAUAACACUUCAGCCGUGACCUAUGACCCUAUACGAAGGCCAGGGGUCGCGAACUUGAUCCAGAUUCAUUCAAGUAUGACUGAUUUAACGGUUAAUGAAAUUUGUUCUCGUUCCGAGGAAGAGGGCCUGGAUACUGGACAAUAUAAAAUGGCAGUUGCGGAAGCGGUUAUUGAUCAUUUAAGACCAAUUAGAGCUGAAUAUGAGAAGCUAGUGGGCGAUAGGGAGCAUCUUGAAACUGUAUUGUCCGAAGGUACGACUAAAGCGAAAGAAACUGCCCAAAAAAAUUGGAAUGAGCUUCGAAACAUGGUUGGAUUGACUUAAUUCAAAUUAUGGUACAUUGCGCAAUUUUUCAAAGGUCCUUAGGGGGAGAGGAAAGCACAUAUAACAGUGGUUCCCAACUUUUUAUGACUCGUGCCCCCUUCCAGAGUCUUGAAGCACUCAUAACCCUCCUGUUCAUCAUUACAGUAGUAUUUAUAGUGUUACUUUUAUUGGUAGACUCCGAAUUCAACCAUGUUCAAACAAUUCAUGCUCAACAAAGUGAAAACAACCUUAAUAGGUAAUGAAACUAGGAAGAACGGAGAGUAUUAUGCAAACUGAAGUGGCCGCCGCUAACUGCUCUGGUUGGCCCAAGGUUGGGACACCACAGCUAUAUAAGAAUCCAUGAUUACUUUCUAUGUGGAAAGUGUGGGUAGGGGGAUCUUGGCCUGAAAAUAUAGAAAUUCUCUGCUCACGAUUCCACUUUUCCGAAAUUCUAUUUUAACAUGUUUCUAUCCUCGAAUUACGGUAAUAUAAUUAAAAAUGGAGCAGAAAUUGG